GAAACAGGAACCGUUGGCCUUCCCCCAUCACGUGGUGUCUCCUGCUCGCCUUCCAACCCCCCAGGCUUUGGGGGGGUCCCAGCCUGGAUUUUGGGGGUUCAAGACUGGAUUUUGGGGGUCCCAGCCUGGAUUUUGGGGUCCAAGACUGGAUUUUGGGGGUUCAAGACUAGAUUUUGGGGUCCAAGACUGGAUUUUGGGGGUUCAAGACUAGAUUUUGGGGUCCAAGACUGGAUUUUUAGGGUCCAAGACUGGAUUUUUAGGUCCAAGACUGGAUUUUGGGGGUCCAAGACUGGAUUUUGGGGGUCCAAGACUGGAUUUUGGGGUCCCAGCCUGGAUUUUUAGGUCCAAGACUGGAUUUUGGGGGGUUCAAGACUAGAUUUUGGGGUCCAAGACUGGAUUUUGGGGUCCAAGACUGGAUUUUGGGGGUCCCAGCCUGGAUUUUGGGGGUUCAAGACUGGAUUUUGGAGUCCAAGACUGGAUUUUGGGGGUUCCAGCCGGGAUUUUGGGGGUCCAAGACUGGAUUUUGGGGGUCCCACCCACCGAGAUGGCGCCGGGGUCGACACCGAGCUUCUUCCUCCUCCUCGUGGCGCGAGCCUGGGCGCAGGAAGCCGCACCCCUGGAGGCGACGGGCGCCGUGGGGGGCGCGGCGCUCCUGAGCCCCCGCGGAUCCCAAAAUCCCGCGGAUUAUUCCCAAAUCCACUGGCGCUGGGAGAACCGGGUGAGAAUCGCCAUCUGGAAACGGGGGGAGCAGCCCGAGUACCCCCAGAGCCCCUUCCAGGGGCGCCUGGAGCUCCUGGGCAACCACGCCCUCAAACUGGGCCACCUGAGGCGCGGGGACGGCGGCCGGUUCCAGCUGUACCGGGAGGAUGACGCGGGCAAGGAGAGCGUCGAGGAGUUCCUGCUGAAGGUCUACGACCUGGUCCCCAAGCCCCACGUGACGGCCACCACCACCGGUGACCGCGGUCAGUGCAAGGUCACCCUGAGGUGCUCCGUGGACCUCCAGGGGGUCACCUACGAGUGGAUCCCACCCCAGAGGGUCCUGGUGGAGGACGGCCCCGUCCUGAACGUCUCCUUCAACCCCGAGGUGGAAACCUUCACCUGCAAGGUCAGCAACGCCGUGUCCUCCAACAACGCCUCGCUGACCUUCCGGCACCCCUGCAGCUGGACAGAUGGAUCCUCAUCCCUCACCUGCGCCAUGCCCAGCCUGGGAAACCUCCUCCUCUUCCUCCUCCUCCUCUUCCUCCUGCCUUGAGGACACCGAGGAGAAGAUCCCCAAAAAAUCCUCCGGGGUCGCCGGCAUCGUUCGAUUCCUGCUGAAUUCGGAAAUCCUCAUACCAAAAUCCACGCCCAGACCCCGCUCCGAGCCUUUCCCGGCUUUUCCCGGAAUUCUGGGGGAUCCUCCUUGGGUUUUCGGGGGGCGGCGCCUUCGGUUUUCCCCGCGAGGGAGGGUUUGGGGUUCGGCCUCUGCUUUCCCGAUGUUUGUUUGAACAUUAAAUUCCAUCCUGAAAAACACA